AUGAAGUGAACUCAGAUUUCUUGUAUGGCAUCCUUGAUGAAUUUAUCUAAUUCAGAAUGAGUUCAGUCCAUCUCUAAUUCCUGAAUUCAUCAUUGAAGUUAUGAAAAAAAAACACUACAUUCGAUGAUUCCGUGCUCAUUUGUUUUUUGCCCUAUUAAUUUUGUCGGCGUUUUUAGAAAAAAGUUCCUUCGUAUUAAUAUCAAUUUCUGUCACAUCCAAUCCAACUCCGAUCAGAUCUGCUCUCUGUCCCAGUCUCCUUAUCGCUUUCCUCGUCUACUUCGGUGCCUCGCGGUUGCUAGAUCGGUCGAUCUAUUGGUCCUGAAGCGUAAAGCAGUUGCGAUACAUGGAAAUCGCCGGAGGACUGAACGAUGGCACUGGAGAGAUGAAUGAAAGCAAAGUAGAGAAUAGUGCAGGCCAAGAUAUCAAAAUCAAGGUCCUUUUCUUUGCCAGAGCUCGGGAUCUUACAGGAGUAUCUGAGACGAGCCUUGAAAUGCCAGAUGGUAGCACUGCUGGGGACUGUAUGCGUAAUCUCUUGGUCAAAUUUCCAAGUCUUCAAGAAAUCUACAAUUCCAUGGUUUUGGCAAUCAACGAGGAGUAUGCUGCAGAAUCUACACUGUUGACAAGCAAAGAUGAAUUAGCAAUCAUUCCCCCAAUCAGUGGUGGCUGAGUGAAUUGGGGAAUCAGCAGCCAAUUUUAUUUGUUCAAGUACCAACUUAUUUUACCCCGUGGGUAUUUAUAUUUUCUGAAUAUCAUAACAAUCUUCUGUACCUGCAAUAAACUAAUAUUGCAUUGUAUAUUGUGUUGUGUGUUUAUCUUGCAUAUCAUUUGUAGUUAUUGGUUCAUUUUA